UUUUAGUCGAUGUGUAAAUCCCGAACGGACAACUCCGCGUUUGCCUAUCCGCGGCGAUAUUUUAGUUUUAUCUUUAUUUUAGACAAAAAUUUCAAUUCAAAUUCACAGUUUUUUGAAGACGACGAAAAAAAUCACCGCAUUCAGGAUCCAAAGUCAAAAUUUACGAGACGAAAAAAUUCGGUUACCAUUUGUGCAUAAAUUUCUUCCGGUUUUUCUCUCUCUUUUGUCUCCCCACGUCUAGUGCGAAAUUAUUACUUUUUGGGCGCAGAAAAAAAGGAAUAGGAGAAAGAGAAUUUCGUCGAUAACGCAACAAAGAAAAUAGAAUUUACGAAACGAAAAUUUUUGUCGCGGGUACACACCGAAUUUACUACACCCAAAAGUAAUAUUUGCAGUGUGUCCUAACAUCGCAAUAUCACUCACUACUCUUGAUACAAUCGCCUGCAACUACCUGUAGUUCUAGCCAGGGCACACUCGGCACUCCUCGUCCAACUUGUGCGCUGGAGUUUUGGUGUGAAUCAGAGGGAAAACUGUGUGACUUGUGACGCGAGAAAACUCAUUGUGCCUUGUUGCGCGGAAGGAGAUUCACGAGGAGAAGUGACAGAAGGGAAGUUUGUGGAGAGAAAUCUCAAUCAUAUUUCUUUGCCCACCACUCAAGGAUCCACGUUUCGACUCGCGCUUGAGGCAGUGACGAAGGUGGUGAAAAGUCUGUAGAGAGAAAAGAAAUCUCCUUGCACGCAGAGACGGGAGAAGAAAAAACUCCAAGCCCAAAUGUAUACGUAGUGACAACUUCAUUGUUGAAUUCGUAAUUAGUUGGUCGUCGUCAUUUUUAUACACGUGGAAUUGAGAUCACCGCACACAGCGAUUUUGGCUCUUUCUCUGGAGAUCAUCACACGAGCGCCGCAGAUAUUUCUUCCAUGAGACUCCAAUGCGUUACUAUAAACUUCUGACCCAGACCAAAAAUUUACAAUAAAAAUACAGUGACAGUGAAGAAUACUAAAAAGAAAAGAAUAAAAAUUGUGGAAUAUUUGACAGCAGUUUGAGGAGAAAGGAAUAAAAAUUAAAGUUAAGCAUUUAGUGAGAAAAGGACAAGUUAUUAUGUUUCUGAGAAAGUUACAAAAUCAGUAUUCUCUACCGCUAGUAAUCGUAGUUAAUGAGUCACUUAAGUUUUGAGACCAAAAAAAAUCACUUUCGGUCUACCAAAUUGCUGAUUUGACUUUUCAACAUAUAAAAAAUCUAAAAGUGAAAUUUAAGGCACUGAUAAAUUACUUUUAAGGAUAUUUUACGUGAAUACAAUUCUAAAAAAAAAACAACAACAAAAUUAAGAGAGGAACACAAAAAAUCAUCACAGAUCUCCAGCAUCAUCUUAAAAAAGAAAAAGAAAAACGUUUCGAACUCCCUUAAAAUUGAAGUGACGGAAAAAGUUUGUACGACGAGUACAAAUUGAGGAAAAUUUUAUAAUAAUAACCAAACGAGCUAAUAUUUGGAAAAAAGCAAAAUGUCAGAUUUGGAUCAAUUUGCCGACUUGGAGCUCUCAAAGGAGGACCACGAACAGAUCUUUGAGCCCCCAACGGAUCGCCAACAAGAACAAUACAACAGAGCGGCCGCCGGAUUGAAUGGUGUCGAGUUCGAGGGCAAUAAGCUUCAUGCUGAGCAAUUGGACAAACAGCAGCGACGUAGCAAUCGGAAUCGCAAUCAGUACGCCGGGAUGUCGGGCUCGAACCGCCAAACGGACUUUCCAUUGCGUCUGCUGGUGCAGAGCGAUAUGGUGGGUGCUAUAAUUGGUCGUCAGGGCAGCACUAUUCGCCAAAUCACACAGCAGAGUCGUGCCAGAGUCGAUGUACACCGGAAAGAUAAUGUAGGAUCACUUGAGAAGGCCAUCACCAUUUAUGGUAAUCCGGAGAAUUGCACAAAUGCCUGCAAGAGGAUCUUGGAGGUGAUGCAGCAAGAAGCCAACAACACCAACAAGGGUGAAAUCUGUCUGAAAAUCCUUGCUCACAAUAAUCUAAUUGGGCGCAUCAUAGGCAAGAAUGGGAAUACGAUAAAGCGCAUCAUGCAGGAGACCGAAACGAAGAUCACGGUCAGUUCGAUAAAUGACAUCAACAGCUUCAAUCUGGAGCGCAUCAUCACGGUGAAGGGUGUGAUUGACAAUAUGUCACGUGCGGAGAGUCAAAUCAGUGCUAAAUUGCGCCAAAGUUACGAGAAUGACCUACAAGCAAUGGCCCCACAGAGUAUUAUGUUCCCCGGCCUCCACCCCAUGGCGAUGAUGUCGACAACGGGCAACGGCAUGGGCUUCAACAAUCGGAGCGUCUUCCCCGGGCCGGGCUUCCCCAUGUAUCAACCGCCGUCCGGCACUGGCUUGGCCCCCGGGGGCUCCACUGACUCGCAGGAGACGACCUAUCUGUAUAUUCCCAACAAUGCCGUUGGGGCUAUCAUCGGUACCAAAGGAUCGCACAUUCGCAACAUUAUCCGCUUCUCGGGGGCGUCGGUGAAGAUCGCUCCGCUGGAGGCGGACAAGCCGGCGGAUCAGCAGACGGAGCGCAAGGUGACGAUUGUGGGAACUCCGGAGGCCCAGUGGAAGGCUCAGUACCUGAUCUUUGAGAAGAUGCGCGAGGAGGGCUUCGUCACCGGCACGGACGACGUGAGGUUGACUGUGGAAAUCUUGGUGGCCAGCACACAGGUUGGACGCAUCAUCGGCAAGGGCGGUCAGAAUGUGCGAGAAUUGCAGCGAGUGACAGGGAGUGUCAUAAAGUUGCCAGAGCACGGAAGUGCUCCUGCUGCAGACGAGGAGACCACAGUGCACAUCAUUGGUCCAUUCUUUAGCGUUCAGUCGGCUCAAAGGCGCAUCAGGCAAAUGAUGCUCACGACCAAUCCGCCGCCGGUGAGCAAGAAGUCCAAGAGCAGCAAGGACUCGGGUGUGUCGGGUCAGGCGGGCGGGCCGCCGUCGCAGUCCUCGCCGACUCAGCAGUCGCCAGCGCCGUCUCAGACGUCCCAGCAAUCGCAACCGCAAUCCUCGCCGCAGCCACAGCAGUCCUCCAGCACCCAGCAGUAAGUCUCCCGAAAGCCACCAUCCAGUUACGCCUCCCCCUGCGGUGGCGGCGCAAACACACCCUCCAAAUCCCGCAUUGAGAGACUCUUGAAGCGCCAACAAUAGUAACGAAGAAGACACCUUUCUUUUGGGCUUUUCCACAACUUACUUGCUCGAAUAUAUCUUUUUCUCACUUUUUUGAUUGAACCUCCAACAGAAAAUUCGAGACAUCUCUUUGGUCAUUGCAAGAAAAUCUCACUAUGCAACCCUUUUUUGGCUCAAUGUUGAAAGAAAAAAAAGAAGAAAAGUUUGUAAUCUAUACUAUAUAAAAUUCAUCGCAUUCUGGCUUAGCACUGAAGAUUAAAUAUUAUAACACUUACUGAAAAAAGAAAAUGAAUAAUGAGGAAAGAAAGUUCUACAAGAAAUAUUGCACUAUAUUCACCACAAGAAAAAAAAUUUAUGGGUAACAUUCCUGUGUAAAUAAUAGAAUUAUUAAUAGCAGAACUAAAUAUAUUAUUGAUUUAUUAAGUGAAUAUUUUUGUUGAAACACUAUUAAUAUACCAUCAGAAACACCAUUGAAAGCAUAAACAGGUUAAAUAAGGCAUAAAUGAAAUCUUGAGGAAUGGGACGGACAGACAGGAAGGAAAAAAGCUAUAGAAAAGAAUGUGAGUGAAGAAUACUGAGAGAAAAGAGAUCCUUUUAAAAGAUCACUCUGUAUAUAAAUAUUGAUAGUUUUUAUUAACUAAUAGUAAUGGAUAGUGAGAUAGGCAUUUAAGAAUUCUACGGAAAACCAAUCGUUUUUCUAUAUUGAAAAUUUGUAUUAUAUAUAAAUAUUUAUAAGAGUGAUGACGAGAGGGAUAAAGAGAUUUCUUUAGGGGCGAAGAAGGCGUAAAAAAAAGCUCUUAAAUUGGGGAAGAAGAAAAAAAACUGAGAAAGAACUAUUGACGAAAGUGAGCGAACAAGGAGAUGAAGAAGAAAAAAAAAUGAGAAGUUCAUUAAGGAGAGAAUGUUUUGUAUUAAACAUGAAAAGCAGUUAGUUGAUUCUUUUCAAUCGAUUGCCUUAGAACGGUGCUGAAGUAAGAAUAAUUAAAGAAAAAAAAAUACUAUCCAUUUUUUAAAAAAAGAAAGAAAGAAGAAGGAGAAAAGAGAGUUGUUUCUGCCACAAUGAAACAAUUUUUGCUGGUUUAAUGGAACAGAUUUAUUUUAUUUUACAAACCUAACUCAAUAUUACUACUGAUGGAAUGAACGACAUCAACACACAAUCAAUAGUUUAAGGGAAAUAGAACAUCAAGUUAAUGCCUUAUUUUUGGGAAUAUGUACACAAUCUAUUUUGCAAACUACCACCGGAAUUUCUUUUGGACGACAGCAUUUGAUGGGACACUUUGAAGAGGGAGUGCAUGAGGCCAUCCUUGAACAUCAUGCAUUCCCAGUAAUAGUUUGAAGGAGAUGAAAAAAAUUUGUACUUUGGCAUAAAUUGGCACACAAUCGAUGAAAAAUUCUAAGGUUCGGACGAAAAUGAAUACCUCAUUGCAGUGCAUUAAUCGCAUUAAUAGAAGAAAGAAAGAAAAAAACAAACAUUUCGAUGAAAAAACUCCUCAGAAAAUGAUUAAAACAUGCAAAAGAACACGUCAAAAUUCACAUUCGAUGGGCAUUAAAUGUGGUUAUAAAUAGAAAGGGAUAAAAAAUGAGUAAUUAAAUAGUAAUAUGUAAAAGUUUGCACUUUUUUUCACAAUUAAAGGAUGAGAAACUAUAAUAGUAAUGAGAUGUGAAGAAAAAAAAAGAAAAUCUUUAAGAAAUAGUGAAUAAUCUCUCAUAAAGGAUAACGAAAUAUUUUUCUCUAAUAUUUUUUAUCUGAUGUGCAUUAUUUUAUAUUUACAACACAGUGUUAUAAAUUUAUUGUUACAAUUUAUACACAGAGGUGAAUCAAUAGCAUUUUUUCUAAUGAUAAAUAGAAAGACAAAUUGACAGGAAACAAUGGAAAAAAACAGAACAAGAAAGAAUUUGAAUAUGGAUAAAUAAUAAGGGAACUCAUAAACCACAAAUACAAUAGUAAUCAAUACAGAACCAGGUACCUUGCAGCAAAAUCAAAAUACAUAGUUACAAUAGUUACAAAUUUAUUACUUUGUUACAUUAUUUCUUUUUUUAUUGUCCAUAGACACAUAUUUUUGUUUAAUCGCAAAACUACUCCUUAAACACUUUUUACAAACUACUAACUAAUAAGAAAUAGAUGAAUAGAUAAAUCAUGCUGUUGUUGAAUAGACAUUUAGUUGAAAAGUAAAACAGACAAACACUUCAAGUCGCGAAACCUUGAAUUUAAAGAAGGAAAAAUGGAAUGCUUUGAGGGGAAAAAAAUGCCGUGCUGACAGAUUGUUGAAGCAACGAAUUUCUUUGGGAACCAACUAUUGUUGAAUAAUAAUUGUUAAAAUUUUUCGACAUUGACAGUAAAAAUGAGACCAAUUUGCAUUGGUUCUUCAGUAUUGUGAAAAAUCGUGUUGUUUCAGCAAUUUUUCCCGGUUGAACUUCUUUGAAAUUUUCCCCGCAAUUCCAAUUUGUAAAUACAAAAGAAUAAUUAUGAAGAAAAAAUAUCCACUUGGACAAAAAUUGAUCGCACUCGAAACAAAGGAUAAAUCAUAAGACAAAAUAAAGAGAAACUAUUGGAAAAAAGCUUACAAGAUGCUGAACAGAAACUUCAGAAAUAGAGACAUUACUAAAAAAAAUGUGGAACAUGAAUCAAUUGAUCAAAGCAAAUUUUGACAUGAGGAAAACAUAAACCGCAUAAAGACCAUCUCGAUGGGAAGCAAGGAAAUUGACACCAAUGAAUAAUGUUGGAAAGUGUCUUCAAAGACACUUUGGGGACUUUUUUAGGCAGAAAAACCCAAAAAACUGAGACCUAUAAAUUGACAAUGGAAUGGAAAGAAAUUUUUCAAAAUUACGACACACAAAACCAACUGUAAACUCUCGCAAGAAUAAUAUUCUCCCAAACAACUGCAGAAGAAGAAAGAAGAAAGAAAAAAAACUCACCUAAAUGCAUUGUAAUUUGACAUGAGAAAUCUUUUUUGGAAUGUAAAAUGGUAAGAAAAAAAGGUGUGAAGACCGAGGAAAUUGAGUACAAAUCUUCCUGGAUUUUGACAUGAAAGUGAGAUAAAAAAGGAUGUUUAAAAAAAUAAUGUUUUCUAGAUUUUAGGAGAAAGCAAAGAAAAAAAAACUGAGUCAAAUUAUAAGCGGAGAAUUUAGCUUGAGAAGAGGAAAAAUUGUUGUUUACGCUGUAAAAAAAAACGUGGUGAAGAAGAAGAUGAAAAAACGAGAAAUAUCGAUAAUAUCUAGAUAAGAGAAAAUAAUGUAUUUUUGAUAACUUAUUGUCGGGGGUAUAAAGAGUAUGAUAACAAAAGAGUGAAUCACGAUUUCCACUAGAUUUUUAUUAAAUCGUCAUAACAUCAAUCUCUGCAAAAGGUGAAAAAGAAAGAAAGAGGAGGAAAGAAAGAGCGAAAAAAGGUAUUUAAUAAAAACCUAAAUGGGAAAGACAAAUGAUAUUUAGCUUAUAUAUCGACAUUUAUAAAUUUUAAAAAUUAUAAUUAAAUUAUAGAGGCUAUAUAUCGUUGAAUAUUGUAAAGGAUGUAACAAAAUGAACUUAUUGAAUUUUUUAUAAUGAUAAAUUGUAAUGAUUGUAUUACAAAAAGAAGAAAAAAAGAGGAGAAAAAAUGAUGAGAAUGGAAAUUGUGUAUAAAAUUUUUUUAAAAACGUUAAUUAAUUGUGCCAAGACGGGGAAGUUUGUGUGAUAUGGCAUUUAAUGUAUUUAAAGAAGAAAAAAAAGCGAGAUGAAGAAAAAAGAGAAACUAAAGAAGGAGACAAAAAAGAAGAGGAAUAUUUUUUACAAAAAUGAAAAAAUGAAAGAAAAGUCUUUGAAUAUUUUUAAGGCGGCUUAUAUUUUAACUAAUAUACGAGCGGUUCGAUUUUAAAUCGGGAUCAAUUGUUGAUAUUAUUUUAAUGUAAAUGAAUUUUUUUUUAUUGAGAAAAUUUUAUUUUAUUAAUUUAUUCAAAUUUUUUGGAUGUAACUUUUUGUUUGUUUUAGUCAAAAUUUCAGAUUUGCAUUUUACCUUUUUCGGAUUUUGUCAAAAUUUGCGAAUUUCAACAUCUUCAUUUCAAAAAAAAAAAAAUAUCAAAUUCUUUUGGACAUGAGGAAAAGAUAAGAUAAAAGAAAAAAAGAUACACAAUUGAUCCAAUGAAAAUUGACUUUUAUAAUACCAAAGUUUUGAGGAAAAUGAUACAAUUAUGCCACAUCAACACACUUGAAGAAUGGAAUGACAAGAAAUUAAGGGAAUUUUUGAGAGAAUGGAAGAAAACAGAGACGCCGCGAAGAGCUCUUCCACAGAACCUUCAACCUCUUGACCAACGACUACACAAUUAGCCAAGCGUUUUUAUCCCAAAUUCAUUUUUUUCUAGACUUAAAAGUAAAACUUUUGAAAGAAUUAAACUUUUUAGAUUGUAUUUCGAUGAAUUGUGAGAUGGAAUAAAGCUAGGAGAAAAAGGGCAAGGAAAAGUAUAAUUACACGAGGAAAAUAAUGUUUUUUUUUAAUUUGAUUUGAAUCUUUUUUUUUAAGAGAAAAAAAGGAGAGAAUAUCACGAUGUUGUUCAACGUAUCUUUUUUUUUUGUUUGACAAAAUGAGAAAAGCAAGCAUUUAAUGUAAUUGUCCUUUUUCAAAUUCAUCACUGAAAAAAAAGAUUUACGUACAAAAGAACAAAUUGAAGAAAGCGUGAAGACACGAAAGAAGAAAAUAUGACGAUGAAAAAUGUUGAAGAGAAAUUUUUUAUUACUAAAUAAACUGCGUACAAACGUAAGAGUACAAAAGCAUGAUAUUCUUAGUGGAGAAGAUGAAAAAAAAACAUCAUUUGCAAAGAAGCUUUUAUCACGGAAACAAGACGAUUGAGGAAGACGAAAAUACGAUUUACUCCCCACAAUACAGAUAAGGAAAAUUUACCAAAAUUUUGACUACUAUCAGGCAAUGAUCCAGAGCAAAAUUUGGCGUAUCGAUGACAAAAACAGUACGACAAUUCUGACAUUAAAAGAAUAAAAAAAAAACAAUGCGGAGCUUGAAAACUAUUAAUUGAGAAGCAACUCAAAAGAUGAAAAAAAAAAUUGGAAGCAAACCCAAAAGAAAAUUGAUGACACGAGAAAAAAGAUGAUUUACCCAAAACUGACGAUUGAAGACACAAAAUGAUAUUGAAAAGGAGAAAUUCAAUUGCAUUUUGCAAAUGGGCUUAA